AGCUGGUGGGCUGUAAGAUAGGGAAUAACUCUGGGUCUGUUUAGAUUGUUUUGAUCUCCUCUCCCCGCACCACCACCACCCAGCACUGCUCAACUCUGGUUUAUGGCGGUGCACGGGAUUGAACCUGGGACUUUGGCACCUCAGGCGGCGUGUGGCCCGGGACCAUGGGCGCCUCGAUCUCCAGGCGGGUCCCCGGGACCGCUACGCAGCAGCCCGAAGCCGAGCGGGCGCUGGACCUGAGCCGCCUGCCGCCGGAGCUGCUGCUGCUGGUGCUGAGCCACGUGCCCCCGCGCGUGCUGCUGGGCCGCUGCCGCCGAGUGUGCCGGGGCUGGCGCGCGCUGGUGGACGGCCAGGCCCUCUGGCUGCUCAUCCUCGCCCGCGACCACCCCGCCCUGCUGCCGGUCGCCCGCGGCUGCCUGCCGCCAGGGGUCGUCGGACCCAAGUACCUGGCCCGCUUCUGCGUGCUCAGACCCAUGGCUCGCAACCUGAUCCGCAACCCCUGCGGACAGGAUGGCCUCCAGAAAUGGAUGGUGCGGCAUGGUGGUGACGGCUGGUUGGUAGAGCCAAACCUGACCCCUGUGCCUGGGGCCCCUUCGCAGACCUGCUUUGCUUCUUCUUUCAGGUGGUGUAGCAAGAAGCAGGUCUUGGACCUGGUGGAGGAGGGUUUUUGGCCAGAACUGUUGAGUAGUGGCAAGAUUGAGAUUGUUGUUUCUGACUGGUGGGGAGCCCGACACGACUGUGGCUGUAGAUACCGGCUCCUUGUCCAACUGCUGGAUGCCAGCCAUAUGACACUGGAUGAAUUCUCUGCAGAGCCCGAGCCCAUCGAGCAGUGGAACAACUGUGCUUCUCACCACGUCACCCAUGUGUUCUCCAACAUCCAGAAGGGGCUCCGCUUCGUGUCUUUCCAACACUGGGGGCAGGACACUAAGUUCUGGGCUGGCCACUACGGAGCCCGUGUGACCAACUCCAGUGUGAUUGUGCGGGUCUGUUCAUCCACCCCCACUGACGACUGUUAAUCCAAAACAAUGUGACUGUGCCUUGCAGAAGAUGGGACCCUUGCACUUGACCAGGCCUGUUCCUUAACCAAUGACCUGCAACCCCCUUGGAAUCCUGGGAACUUCUGUGUCCAGUCCAGGCUCCUGUUGAGCCCUGUCUUCAGGUUGAAGAAACUUCUACAAGGAAGUUGGUUCAGCAGAUCUAUCUCCUGCUGCUGCUUUGGGGCAACCCUUUUUUUUUUUUUUAAUGGGAGAAGACCCAUGAGUAUCUGAGACACUGAUCUCAGAGAGGGCUCUUAGCCCUGCCCCUCUACCUCACCCUUACCAGCCCCCAGUUCUCUCCCUGUGCCUGCCCCUACUCUGGUUUAGUAUUUCUCCCCUCCUCUCUGACCUUGUCACCUCCUGUUUCUGCUUCAGGGAAUUUAUGGGCCUCUUCAGGGAAGCCCCCCCCCCCCUUAUAUUUAUUUAUUUUACCAGAGCACUGCUCAGCUCUGGUUUACGGUUGUGCAGGAGAUUAAACCUGGGACUUUAGAACCUAAGGCAUGAAAGUCUCUUUGCAUAACUAUUAUGCUACCUACCCCUGCCCAGGAAGUCCUCUCUUCACCUCAUAACUAGUCACACUCUUAUUACUGACAGAGCUUUAGCCAUCUUGUGUGGUCAGUGUACCACCUGAGACUUUCAAGGCUGAGAUCAGUUCUCACAAAUGAAAGUCAAGUAGAAGAGGAAGAAGAAGGAAGAGAAGGAGAAAGCAGAGGAGGAGGAAGAGGAAGAAGAGGAGGAGGAGGAAAGAAAAAACACCUGAAGAGACUGGUUGAGUACACACACAUUACCAUGCACAGGGAACCAGGUUCAAGCUCCUGGUCUGCACUUGCAAGGGGGGGAAGCUUCAUCAGCAGUGAAGCAGGUCUGUAGGUGUCUCUCUGUCUCCCUUUGCCCUCUCAAUUUCUCUCUAUUUCUAUCCAAAAUAAAUAUUUUUUUAAAAAAUGCCUGGAGAUGGGAAGUCCUGCCCACUCUAGACUUCUCUGAAAAUUAAGAUGACUCCAUUGAGGCACCUGAUCUUUGAAAUUGUUACGUAGUUUUGUUUUGUUUUUUUUACACUUCCUUCUGAAAUUGAAAGAAGACUAUAUUUGCCAAUUACAUGGAAUAAAUGUAUUAUUUUGCCA